GUGGAUGCAGAGUAGCAGACUCCGCAGACUUUCCUAUCGUCGCUUCCGUCCACCGUGCUCACUAAACGCACAUACGUAUUUUGUAAGUCACACAACUCUCCGUUUACUGAUCAUGUCUGAUUACCCCAAGACGCACAAGGAGUGGCUGGCCAAACUCGUCAGCUUCAACACCAUCUCCUCCAACUCUAACCUCCCCCUCAUGGAUUACGUCAAGGGCUACCUCAAGACCUUCGGCAUCGAGUCGACGUACAUCUACAACCCCGCCAAGACACACGCGAACCUCUUCGCCACGCUGCCGGGGAGCAACGGCGCCACGCAGGGCGGCAUCGUGAUGUCCGGCCACACGGACGUGGUGCCGGUGGAGGGGCAGAAGUGGGACUCCGACCCCUUCGUGGUGGUGGAGAAGGACGGCAAGCUGUACGGCCGCGGCACGUGCGACAUGAAAGGCUUCAUUGCUGUCUGUCUAGCGUUGACACCAACGUUCAUGAAGAUGAAGCGCGUCAAGCCGAUCCACUUCGCCUUCUCGUUUGAUGAGGAGGUGGGCUGUGCGGGUGUGCCUUUCAUGACGAACUGGCUGAAGGAGAAGGGCUUCAAGGCGGACUGCUGCCUCGUCGGUGAUGGCGGCUUCAAAGUUUGCACAGGCAACAAGGGUUUCAGCUCGUGGAAGGUGGUGGUGCACGGCAAGGCGAUCCACUCCUCCAUGGCACUGAUGAACACGAGCUGCAACGCCAUCGAGUACGCCGCGCAGAUCGUCGCGAAGAUCCGUAAGAUUGCCGAGGAUCUCAAGAAGAACGGGAAGCACGACCCUAAUUACACCUGUCCUUUCUCGUGCAUGUCCGUGGGCCUUAUCAAAGGCGGCAAUGCGGUGAACACGGUGCCGGCGGAGUGCGAGUUCACCUUCAGCGUUCGCGUGACGGAGACGAGUGUGGCGAAGCGUGUGGAGACGGAGGUGCAGGAGUACAUCAACCGCGAGAUCCUGCCUGCGAUGCGCAAGGAGUAUGCGGAGGCCUCUGUGGACCUGAAGCCGGACUGGUUUGCCCCGGCGUACAACGCCAACGAGAAGCACCCGUUCAUUAAGAUGGUGCGUGAGAUGCUGCAGGACUCGAAGAUCCGCAAAGCCGGCGGUGGCACGGAAAGCGGCUUCUUUGAGGAUGACCUGUCGAUUCCGACGGUGAUUGUGGGACCGGGUGGCUUUGGUGCCCACCUGGCGAACGAGUACACGGAGGUGCAACUGUUGGAGAAGAGCAGCAACUUCACGAGAGACUUGGUGGCUCGUGUGACGGGCGAGAGCGCCGUGGAUUUCUCGAAGAUGUAA